AUGGUUUUCACCUCCUUAUUGGCUGUCUUUGCGCUAACGGUCGUCGGCGCAUCUGCUCUGUUUCUCCCCGCAAACAACAGCUCGCUUGCGCUUGCUGGCCGCGGCGUGCAGGGCCCUGGCCAAGGGACAUUCGAUGGUUUCUUCUGGCAGAACUUCGUGGCGGGCAAUUUUGCGGUCACGUUCAACAACAUCGCGGGCGGGCAAUAUGAAGUGCAGUGGUCUGGCUCGGGCGACUUUGUGGUCGGGCAGGGGUUCAAUCCCGGCUCGACCUCACGAGUGAUCAAAUUCAGCGCGCAAUGGGGGCCCAAUCCCGCUUCGGCAUCUAUCCUGUCGGUUUAUGGAUGGUCAACCAACCCACUCGUCGAAUACUACAUCAACGAGCAGGCCAACGACUUUAACAUCGGGACCGCCAACCCAGGCACAACCCACAUGGGCACUGUGGUGUCUGAUGGGUCCACCUACGACAUCUUCACACACACUCAGGUCAACCAGCCGAGUAUCCAAGGCACCGCGACGUUCCAGCAAUUCCUCUCUGUGCGACAGAAUAAACGGACGAGCGGCACGGUGACGGUGCAAAAUCACGUGAACGCCUGGGCUUCGCUGGGGAUGCAUUUGGGGACGAUGAAUCUGCAGAUUGUCGCAGUGGAAGGGCUCAGCAGCUCCGGGCAAGCCACCGUGACCGUGUCUUGA